CACCAGCUACAAACAAGCGGAUACUACUACUACUACUACUACUAUAACUAUUACUACUUCAACAUGCGUGAAUGCAUCUCUGUGCACGUGGGCCAGGCCGGUUCUCAGAUUGGCAAUGCAUGCUGGGAGUUGUAUUGUCUGGAGCAUGGCAUCCAGCCUGACGGUCAGAUGCCCAGUGACAAGACAAUCGGAGGAGGAGACGACUCGUUCAAUACGUUUUUCAGUGAGACGGGAGCGGGGAAACAUGUGCCCAGAGCUGUGUUUGUGGACCUGGAACCAACUGUCAUAGAUGAGGUGCGCACUGGGACGUACCGGCAGCUGUUCCACCCUGAGCAACUCAUAACGGGGAAAGAGGAUGCAGCGAAUAACUACGCCCGCGGACACUACACCAUCGGCAAAGAGAUCAUUGACCUGGUUUUGGACCGCAUCCGGAAACUGGCUGACCAGUGCACAGGGCUGCAGGGCUUCCUGAUCUUCCACUCAUUUGGAGGAGGCACUGGCUCUGGCUUCACCUCUCUGCUGAUGGAGCGUCUCUCAGUUGACUACGGCAAAAAGUCCAAAUUGGAGUUUGCGAUUUACCCAGCUCCACAGGUGUCCACUGCUGUGGUGGAGCCCUACAACUCCAUCCUGACCACCCACACCACUCUGGAGCACUCCGACUGCGCCUUCAUGGUGGACAAUGAGGCCAUCUAUGACAUCUGCCGCAGGAACCUGGACAUUGAGCGUCCAACUUACACCAACCUCAACAGGCUGAUCGGGCAGAUUGUGUCCUCCAUCACUGCCUCUCUGCGCUUCGAUGGUGCUCUGAAUGUGGAUCUGACAGAAUUUCAGACCAACCUGGUGCCCUACCCUCGUAUCCACUUCCCUCUUGCCACCUACGCUCCAGUCAUCUCUGCAGAGAAGGCCUACCAUGAGCAGCUGUCUGUGGCUGAGAUAACCAACGCCUGCUUUGAACCAGCCAAUCAGAUGGUCAAGUGUGAUCCCCGUCAUGGUAAAUACAUGGCCUGCUGUUUGUUAUUUCGUGGAGAUGUCGUUCCCAAAGAUGUCAACUCUGCCAUUGCCACUAUCAAAACCAAGCGCACCAUCCAGUUCGUAGACUGGUGUCCCACUGGGUUCAAGGUUGGCAUCAACUACCAGCCACCCACAGUGGUGCCAGGAGGAGACCUGGCUAAAGUGCAGCGUGCAGUCUGCAUGUUGAGCAACACCACAGCCAUCGCUGAGGCCUGGGCACGUCUGGAUCACAAGUUUGACCUGAUGUACGCUAAGAGGGCCUUUGUGCACUGGUACGUGGGAGAGGGCAUGGAGGAGGGCGAGUUCUCUGAGGCCAGAGAGGAUAUGGCUGCUCUGGAGAAGGAUUAUGAAGAGGUGGGCUUGGACAGCAUUGAGGGAGAAGGGGAGGAGGAGGGAGAAGAGUUUUAGUGUAUCAGUGAUGUGUUGGGGUAGCAUAAACUUUUAAAGAUGUACAAUGUAUAACACC